GUAAAUAUUUAUAUUUCCAGGUUUUUCUGAUGCCGGAGUACCAAGCUAGUAAAAGGGUAUGCCUGUAUUUACACAUGGCCGAGGAGGUGCAUACAACUGCCAUACUCAAACAUGCUUUAGAAACUGACAGGGAUUGCUUUAUACCACAGUAUAAAGGUCCGGUAAUGAAAAUGGUGAAAUUAGACUCAUGGGAAGACUUUGAGAAGUUACCAGAAACCAAAUGGAAAAUAAAACAGCCAGCAGAUGAUGAUGUCAGACCAGAUGCUUUAGAAACAGGUGGCCUGGACCUUAUACUGAUGCCAGGACUGGGAUUCACACUUACAGGGGACAGAAUAGGGCGGGGCAAGGGAUACUAUGACACCUACCUGCAGAAAUGUCGUGACAAGGGAUUUCAUCCUAAAACUAUAGCCUUGGCUUACAAACAACAAAUCUGUGAUAGUAUACCAGUAACAGAAUCAGAUAUGAAAGUGGAUUUUGUUCUCUCUCCUGACUGAUACUGUCUGCGUAUAGGAUAUCUACUUCUUAAGGUUGAUAAACAGAGUAACUAUUUUGAAUAUUGUUUACACAAGAUUCACUUCCCAGUGCAACAGAUUUGAGAUGAAAAAUGUAAUUACUAUUUCAAGAAAUUAGAGAUUAUUACGGGUUUUGCCUACUCGAGGGACAGUAUGGAAUGAAAAACCAAGGUUUUUAUGCCCCCGGCAUCUACUGAUGCGGGAGGCAUAUAGUGAUUGUUCUGUCUGUCCGUCCGUUCGAGGUUAACCAAAUGGGACCGUUUCGUCUAGCAUCAAUACCCCUAACUAGAAUGACUUGAUACUAAUACAGAUGUAACCUGUGACCAUUCCUCAUCUUCAAACAUCACCUGACCUCAUUUUGACCUUGACCUUGAACUUUACCUUGUUUUGGACUUAGGUUGCUUUGUAUCGACAAGGCUGCCACCGGGGGCAUCAAGCGUUUAUUGAACUCAGCUCCUUGUUUAUCCAAGCUGUUCAGAGGGUUGGGAAAAAAGCUGUCUUACACAGGCAGACAUGUUAGAUAUUUUUUCUUGCCUAUCACGUUCAAAAGAAAUUGUAGUGGCAAAUAGAUAUGGAUAUUUUCUGGCAUUAUCUUUAUAGUUUAUGACAUC